GGAAGAACUCGCAUUCCCGGUACAAUGAAGGCGAUUAUUGGAAUAGAAUUACGAUUAAUUCUUAUUGCCGUAUUUCUUUUAAUUUCUGCCGUCGCAGAGAAGCGAAAACGGCAGAUAUUCAGGGAACAGGUAUUGCCGGCAUUGGGCGGGAAGAUACCGGAAGAGGCUUUCAGAAUGGAUCGUUUAGCUCUGAAUCGUUUGAACAAAGACGGAAUCACGGUACCCGACGGAAUAACUUACCACGCUCGAAACAUGCACAGCCAUAAUCAACGUGUCCAAACGAUGCCGGAGAUAAUAAAAGUAUCUGUAACACCGGAUGGACGUUAUAUUACUCCGGAGAACAAAUUUCAUCAUCACUAUAAUCGAGCGAACACUAUCGACACUACUUACGUUAUACGCGCACCGUAUUCGCGAUUCAAUAACCAUAAACAAAGAAAGGAAGAACUCGCA